GUACCAAACCAACCACAGUUGAGCCGGUUUGCUUCGUUACUGAACUCGUCCAUGAACUCACUGCGUGGAAAGUUUUUUUUUUUUAAUUUCUUCACUUAUUUUCCUUAUUGUCAUCAUGUACAAUAGCUGUCGUUUCGGGUGGCAGGCACUGGUUGUCAUUAUUAGUUUGAUCCAAGACAGUAUAAUUGAGGCUGGUCCAACUGCUGCAAGAAAUGCAUCAACCAUUGAUGAUGAUAUUGACGAUUUUAUUCCUUACCGAGGGGAACGUUUCGAUACUUUCGAUUGGAAUCUUUUCAAAGUGAUGGCGAAGAAAUACUCUGGAAAUAUGUUGGUGUCGCCUAUUUCUGCAAAAUUGGCCAUGAUUUAUCUUUAUGAGGGUGCACAAGGUCAAACUGCCCAAGAAUUGUCAAAUGCUAUGCAUUUGCCAAUAAGUAGAGCAGUUACCAGAGACAAGUUUACUUAUAUUUUAAACUCACUUCAGGCCAAGAAUCCUGAUUACUCAUUAAAUAUCGGUACCCGUAUGUACAUCGAUUCUGCAGUACAACUCAGACAAAGAUAUGCUGCAAUCAUAAAAAUGUUUUACUCUACAGACGUAUUGAGCUUAAAUUCAUCAGACACUCACGCAACUGCUGAUAGCAUUAAUAAUUGGGUGAAAAAUACAACUGAAAAUAAUAUAGAUAAAAUGAUAGAAGAUGAAAAAAGUCUACAAGGAUCUGUGAUGAUUGUCGUGAAUGCUUUAUUUUUCAAAGGAACUUGGGAUCGACAACCAUUUUCAGAAAAAGCGACUAGAACAGGAAAAUUUUAUCCAACAGCAACAAGUAGCAUUGAUGUUCCAAUGAUGCAUUCUUAUGGGCGAUUUUACUAUUCUUCAUCAACUGAAUUAGAUGCUAAGAUACUCCGAAUUCCUUACUCUGGUCACAAAUACGCAAUGUAUUUCAUUCUACCCAGAAAAUCGAGUGCACUGGAUUCACUGAUUGAUAAAUUGAAUCCCUCUGCUUUUAGCAGGCAAAUGUGGCUAAUGCAAGAUUUAUCAAUAGCGGUUGGCAUUCCAAAAUUCAAAUUUGAUUUCACCAGCCACCUGGAAUCCACAUUUAGAGAGUUAGGAAUUCAAGACAUUUUCAAAGGUUCAGCAACUCUCACAGGAAUUAUCCAUACGAACCGCAAUUCUCCUCAACUUCUUGUUUCGGAUAUUUUGCAAAAAUCUGGAAUCGAAGUGAACGAAAAGGGUACUGCAGCCUACGUUGCAACUGAAAUUCAAAUUUCAAACAAAAUUGGAGAAGAUGCCUUUAUAGCUAAUCGUCCAUUUAUCUUCUACAUCGAGGACGAAACAACUGGGACAAUUUUGUUCAUCGGAAAAAUAGAAAACCCUCUUCAAGGAAUUGGAAACACAAAUAUGACACCCAACCUUCCCACGAGAUUUGGGGAAGAAAUUACGCAGACUAAUGUACCACCAGGAGUUCCUGGGGUUGAAGAAAGGUACAAUUUUUUCAACAUCGAAUUAUUACAGGAAUUAAAUGUGCAGACUGAAGGGAAUUUAGUAGUCGCACCUGCUGGUGUCAAAGCAGCGUUAAUGACAAUUGCAGAAGGAAGUGGCGGACAAACUCAACAACAACUUUUGUCUACUUUAAGAUUACCAGUGGAUGAUUAUGGCGUCAGAGAUGCUGUGAGACGAACUCUGAGUCCUUUUUCGGCAUUACAACAAAGUGGAAUAAAUAAUACAGAGAUUACUAUAGCCACAUCUCUUUGGAUGGGAAAGAACGUUAUGAUAUCACCAAACUACAAAGAAAAUUUAAUUAGGCAUUAUAAUAGCCAAGUUUUGCAUGUUGAUUUUGCGGAUUCUGUUAAUUCUGCCAAGGCUAUCAAUGAUUGGAUCAAGAGGGCAACGAAGAAUCAUGUCAGUUCUAUUGUGGAUCCUGGUGGCCUUAGUCCGGACAUUAAAAUCAUUCUGACUACAGCACUUUAUUUCAAAGGAACGUGGCUUUAUGCAUUUGAUAAAAAAUCAACACGCUCUCGUUGCUUUCAGACUUUCAAUAGUGGCUGUCAAGAAGUCAAUAUGAUGGAAAACUUUGGACAAUAUAGUUUAGCUUAUGUUCCUUCUUUGGACGCUGAUGUCAUUGAAAUCCCUUACACGGGAGGAAAAAUCUCACUGAUUCUGCUGCUCCCAACUACACAAGGAGAACAUGCUUUACAUAUAUUAUCAAAGGAUCUUUCAUAUAUUCCUGUUUCCGUACUGCUGAAAAGUUUACGAGAAACGGAGGUGCUGUUACAAAUUCCAAGAUUUAGCAUCGAAAAUAAAUUAGAUUUACGACCAGCUCUCGAGCGGUUGGGCAUCAAAGAUUUAUUCGAUUUCAAGGCGAACCUGUCUGGAAUAAUAUCAAAAGGACCGACUCGAGUUAGUAGUGUGCUUCAUAAUGCCAAAAUCGAGGUGAAUGAAGCUGGGACGAUAGCAGCUGCAGCAACUGCGAUAUCAGUGGUUCCUUUGAUGAUAACGUCUGCACCGCAAACAUUCAAGGUAAAUCGUCCAUUCUUGUUUGGUUUGGUGGAUCUCGAAACAAAUAAUCUUCUCUUCGCUGGAAGAGUUGUUGCUCCAGAUGCAAUUUCCGAAAUGACUGCAGCGGCAUAAAGUUAUAAUAUGUAUGCAGUUGGUUUAACCAAAUUAACUAUAAUUUUCAUUUUACGUAACUCGACCAUCUUAAUUAUAUUUUUUACAAAGCUAUAUACAAUCCUUUAUAUCAGUUUUUAUUAUACCUGUCCGUUUUUUAAAGAAAGCACAAGUGCUCAACUGCAAAUACGCAAAUGACAGCUUUUUAUUAAGAAUAUUCCGUCAGUUUAAUUUUUAAUUUCAAUAUAUUAAAUUUUCUCUAAUUUAGUUAGGAUAAUAAAUA